ACGAUGAUAAGACUAUGCGUGGAGGGAAAUCCACCAUGAAAAAACAAGACUAUGCUUUGUCCACACAACAUUGGUGACUUUAACCUUUACACCCACCAACCUCAACGAAGAGGGAAACCAGAAGAAAAAAAAGCAGGACGUCCACGACGAUGCCAAUCCACGUCUGUUGGAUGGCCAUACCUCCAGAUUGCGCUUAGUUCAUUCUCCAGACAGCGCUACUGUCGGGCAGCCCAUAUGCAGACGUACCACGAGGUCUAGGCUACAAUAGCCUUCGUAUCAGGAAUCCUGCAAUGGUGUAGAAAGAAAGGCAGCAUGGAUUUCCCGCAAUUUUCCAACUUGCCCAUCGAGAUUCGCCUGCAAAUUUGGGGUUUAUGCCUUCCGCGGCGCCUCGUGGCAACGGAUAAGCUUGAAACGCACUAUCUACGCACAAAGCAGCCAUGCCAGGCCUGGAGGACGCCGAUACAGCCCAACGCCCGCCCCAUUAUCAAGGGCGUAUGCAAGGAAGCAUGGCAAGUUGUCGAGGAUGGCGGAGCAGCUGAAGGAUACACGGAAGAUUAUGACGCGAACAGUAAUGUCUGGGUGCAGCCUAAACUGGACAAGGUGCAGCUAUUCUGGACGAGAUACUACACACGGAUGGACGACCACCGCAGCGACUACCCUCACGCAAUGUUCGGGUUUGAAGCCAGUGAACUGAACAUGCCCAUCUCUGUCAUGGGCGAGCCGUUUUGCACGUUUCCAGCAGGUGACACGACCAACAGCAGCUUCCCCUGGCCGACGGUAGAGACCAGCCGGCACGUCUGCUCUGGUAAUGCCGCCGCAGCUUAUCUCAUGGCAUUCCUUGACCCUCCACAGGAUGUGGAAAUGGUACUCGAAAUCGUCGGUUUCCAUAUCCUAGACCGCAAGGCAGCGGAGAGCGGGUUAUUUGGCCUGCUCGGUGACGCGCCGGUGCAUGGCGUCGCGUACAACGAUACGCAGCGCAUACGCAAAUUCCAAGCCCUCUUUGAGGUUACUAGGUUGCCAGAUGCCCUUGAUGAUGCUGCAGCGGCAGAAAUAGAGUAUUUCAUGUCUCCAGCGUUUGCGUCCGAUGUCGCGCUUUGGAAGCAACUCGUCGAGUGGGUGCUCAUGGUGCAGCUGUGGUUGCAUGAUGCGCUGGACGGAACCUUGGACCCCCGUACCGCGGGGACCGUGUGGAAGCCAGUCAUUGUCGUCGAUUUUGGGGCCAGGCCUACUAUUUCCAUGGAGCGGUAUAGCUUUGAUCCUAGUCAUCCGUGGGUUCGCGAAGCGGCCAAGCAGGUGUUCCGCGUGCGUCCGACUGUUGUGUUUAGGCACUGUAGAGUGAAUUGCCGGCAGUAUGCUAGUCAGGAGAGAUAACAUGAAUAUUACGAAUAACCCAUAUAUACGAAUAUAUACAAAUAUCCGUUUUGCAUUUCUCUUAUAUCCUUUUGUAUUCUUUCUUCGUUUUAAACUUACAAACCG